AUGACUUCAAGAGAUUCUGAUGCAGAGAGAGGCAAUGGAAAGGAGCCUUGGAGCAAAGAAUUUGAGCAUGCUGAUGCUCAUGAUGCUGCUGCGAGAGGACAUCUUGCCACUGACGAGCAUGGCAAUCCCAUUGCAACUUUCGACGCGGAGGCUGAGAAGAAGCUUCGUCGUAAGCUGGACUGGUAUAUCAUGCCAUCAGUCACUAUCUUGUACUUGAUGUGCUUUGUUGACCGUGCCAAUAUUGGUAAUGCUCGGUUGGCCGGACUCGAGGAAGAUCUCGGUCUUGCCGGUUAUGACUACAACAUUUUGCUCACAGUCUUCUACAUCUCUUACAUUGUCUUCGAACUCCCCCUCAACAUGGUCUGCAAAUGGAUAGGACCGGGCUGGUUCAUCCCUGCAACCUCUGUAGCUUUCGGUGUCGCUUCUCUCGGAACCGCUUUCGUUCACACAAUGGGCCAAGCUUGUGCCGUGCGCUUCAUCCUCGGCAUCUUCGAAGCAGGCAUGUUGCCUGGUAUCGCAUACUACCUCAGCCGCUGGUAUAGACGCAGCGAACUUGCGUUCCGCUUGGCUAUAUACGUCGCCAUGGGUUCCUUCGGCGGAGCGUUUGGCGGUCUUCUGGCCUCUGGUAUUCUGAAGUUAGACCACUUUGGUUCUUUGACAAGAUGGCGAAUGAUCUUUGCUAUUGAGGGUAUUUGCACUAUUGGACUGGCGCUCAUUGCCUUCUUUACCAUGACGGAUCGGCCUAGCACUGCACGAUGGUUGUCAGAAGAGGAGAAGGACCUCGCUAUUGCGCGCAUCAAGUCUGAGCGUGUUGGUGCCACCGAAGUCCUUGAGAAGUUCUCCUGGAAACUGGCGCGUCGGGGUAUCAGCUCGCCUGUUACCAUCGGAACUUCCACCAUCUUCCUGUUCACCAACAUCACCGUGCAGGGCCUUGCUUUCUUCGCACCCACCAUUGUGAGGACAAUCUACCCCAACCAUUCAGUCGUUCAACAGCAAUUGCGUACUGUGCCGCCUUAUAUCGUCGGUACCUUCUGCACCGUCACCAUCAGCUUCUUGUCGACUCGCAUUGAUAAGAGAAAUAUCUUUAUCAACUUGUCACAGCUUCCAGUCAUCACAGGAUACAUCAUGUUCCUCAGCACUACGAACCCUUAUGUCCGCUACGCUGGCACGUUCCUCAUCUGCGCAGGCACUUUUGCCAACGGUGCUCUGUCUAAUGCUCAAGUAUCAGCCAACUUGGUCAGCGACACAGCACGCGCUUCAGGAAUCGGUCUGAACGUCAUGCUUGGUAACGUGGGAGGAUUGAUCUCGACAUGGUGCUUUUUGCCCUUCGAUGGACCAAACUAUCCAAUCGGCAAUGGGCUCAACCUCGGCGCGUGCUCGUCUAUCUUCCUUCUUACCAUCGUACUACAAGUUUACAUGACUUGGGAUAACAGAAGGAGAGCUGCGAUUGAGGUCGGUCAGGCUCUGGCUGGGAAGACGGAUGCCGAGAUUCGUGUUAUGGAUUGGAAGCAUCCUGGAUUUAUAAUUGAGUCACUUGCUUUCUUUCACUGUGAUAUCGUUGGCAACAUAGACUUUACACUGUCUCCCUCCACCACCGACCUCUCGGAAUAUCCCGAGCCCAAGCGACAUGCAUCCCCAACGUCAUACUGCAACGGCAAAUCCAACAAGAUAUGCUACACCUGGGCCGUUGCAUCCUCAACAGCCUCGUCCAGCUCUGGCAACUUGUUCAUCCGCAUUCAAGCCCCAGUUGAAUACCAAUGGGUCGGUCUCGGCACAGGUGAUAAGAUGAGUGGCUCCACCAUGUUGGUCAUCUACCAAGACGGUACUGGCAACGUCACCCUGAGCACGAGGAUGGGCCAUGGCCAUGAGAUGCCUGAACACAGCCGCAUGCGCUCUGUGAGACUCAUCGAGGGCAGUGGUGUCGUGAACAAGACGAUGGUUGCCAGCAUCCAUUGUGGCGAUCUCGGAAAUAUGCGCUUCAAAGGAUCCAACCACUGGAUCAGUGCUUGGAAGACUGGAAGUUCUUUGCAUACGACCGAUAUUGAUGCUGAUAUUGAAGAACAUGACGGAUACAACAGCUUCUCAGUUGACUUCUCCUUGGCUGUUGUGAACUCCAACAGUAACCCCUUCAUUCAAAUGACGACUGCUAUACCGAGUGGUGCAGCGUCUGGUGGUGGGGGAGAAGGCAACACCAGCACCAUCCACGGUAUCAUCAUGUCGUGGUUCAUCCACGCAACGUGGCAGAUGAUCGUCUUUAUCGGCAUGUGGGCUGGGUUCGUUACCGGCAAGUUGGCUGCUGGCCGUAGCGGCGAUUGGUUCAACGCUCCUCAUGUCAUCAUCGGCACGGUCGUCUGCGGUUUGAUAGCCGUGCAGCCAAUCUUGGGAUGGCUGCAUCACAGGAACUUUGUCCAGCAUCAGCGCCGAACAGGCAUCAGCCACGCUCACAUCUGGUACGGGAGAGCUCUAAUGAUCCUUGGAAUUGUCAACGGUGGGCUCGGCUUGCAGCUUGCUGGUGCAUCCAUGAAGCUCAUUAUUGGUUAUAGCGUGGUUGGUCUGGUGACAUUCUUGAUGUACACCGCUGGGGCUGUUCGCAAGAUGUUGAGAGGACCAAAGAAGCAUCAACAUGAGCCUCUGAAGUACAACGGCUCUUAUAGCGCGGUGGCCUUGAUUUGA